CAUCAUUCUCACUUUAUAUAAGGCUUCAGUCAUGUGAUGAUCACGACAAGAAGAAAUCAAGAUGGCGAACGGUUGUGAUAUCAAAAUGUACAAUGUUGUUAUGCAUGGAGUUUGUUUCAUGCUUAUAUUUACAGCCUUUCAAACAAGUGGAAAUGUACAGACAUCUGUGUUAAACAGUAUUAAAGAUAAAGAUGGACACAGUCCAUUUCAAAACAAAGGCUAUAUUAGUCUUUCGAUUAUCUAUACUGUUUUUUCAUUGGCCAAUUUUGUUGCUCCUCCAAUUGUUAAUUUAUUUGGACCUCGAGUAGCCAUGUUUUUUGGUGGAUUGUGCUAUGCUUUGUAUAUUGGUGCAAUCAUCCAGCCGUUUGUGUCUACAUUGUAUAUUGCCUCUGUUGUUGUUGGAGUUGGAGCUGCUUUGAUAUGGACUGGCCAAGGCAACUUUUUAACUAUAAAUUCAACCGAUGAUACUAUUGGAAGAAAUAGUGGUAUCUUUUGGGCACUACUUCAGUGCAGUUUGUUAUUUGGAAACAUGUUUGUAUAUUUCUACUUCAAAAACGAUAGCAGUCACAUCAGUAAUCAUGAAAGAGUGGUACUAUAUACAGUAUUACUUGUCUGUGCUGGUAUUGGUACAUUGGCCAUUAUCUUGCUACAAAAAUCCCAAAUGCCAGAACAGUCACUUGUUAAUAAUGCACAUUCAAUACCUGAAAAUGAUGAAGAUGAACGGGAAGUCAGCCUAAGAAGUGUCAAUGGGAGAUCACAAAGUGGGAAUGCUGGAUCCAGACAAACUCCAUUGGAAUCCUUCUUGCGAUCAUUUCAGCUGUUGAAAACAUCAAAUAUGCUGUGUCUUGCAUUUACAAUAGCAUACACAGGAUUUGAAUUGACUUUCUUCAGUGGUGUCUAUGGCACAUCAGUAGGAAAUAUUGACAACUCAGAUUUAAGUGAUCCGAAAAGACAAAUAGGUUUAGUUGGAAUGAUGAUUGGAACAGGAGAGAUUACAGGUGGAUUAUUGUUUGGCAUAUUUGGGAAACGCACGAUAAAGUAUGGAAGGGACCCAGUUGUGUUGCUUGGAUUUCUUGUCCACAUGUUGACAUUUUACUUAAUUUUUCUCAACCUGCCCGACAGAGCACCAAUAGCCAAGUUAAAUCCAUCUGAAGGAGAGUCUUGGUUAGAAUAUAACAUUUAUAUUUAUGCAUUGUGCGGCUUUCUACUUGGAUUCGGUGAUAGUAGCUUUAAUACACAGAUAUAUUCAAUUUUGGGAACGCUUUACUCUGAUGAUAGUGCACCAGCAUUUGCACUUUAUAAAUGCAUACAGUCUGUAGCAGCUGCUAUUGCGUUUGCGUAUGGUACAAAGCUUGUGUUGCGAUAUCAGUUAUUGAUUUUGGUUAUCUCGGGAAUUCUUGGCACCUUAUCAUUUUUUAUGGUCGAAAGAAAAAAUGCUGCAAUAAAGGACGCUGGAUACGAACCGAUUAGAUGAAAUUGUAUUUUAAGUCAAAUUAAACUUCCUUUAAAAUCAAGUUUGUUUUAACCCUUGGACUUCAAAGAAAGGCCGUAGUACCAAGGUCCCACCUAUUUGCCAUAUCACGUGAUCAUUCAACUUUAAAGUAUUAAAAUGAUGUCCUAAAUGAAGAUAAUUAAUGAUGGAACAGCAGGCGAUCAGAAUAUGGUCUGUCGGCAAAAAUUCAUAAAUAUUAUGAGUUUUUUCGGAGUCUGAGGGUUAAAUAUUGUAAAAAUACAUGAAGAUAGACAAACAUACUUUUACAAUGCAACAUAUCUUUUGAGCACAGUAGAAAUUUAAUUAUUUUUUUUCUGAUUUGCUUCCUUAUCAGUAUUUCGAAUUAAACUACUUCUGCACUGGAGAUGUAUUAAUAAUUUUUUAUUGAUUUAAUAUUGCUGAAUAAAUAGUUGUUUAUAAAAUGUUUAUUGCUUCUGAAAAACGACACAUCCUUCGCUCUAGAAAUGUCAGCGGGCACGUUGAGUGGUGUUAUUAUGAUUACGUAAUUAUUCUCCACAUCUGAAUUUUAUUAUGCGUUUGUUUUUGGUGGAUAUAUAUAUAAUAGACUUAGUAAUUUAAUUCAAACACGUAGAGUUUACUAAACUUUAUAAAACCCUACAGUAUUUCUAAGCUCAAUAAAUUAGUUUUAUCAUAA